AGAAGCGAGAGAUUUUGGCGGCUGUUCCAUUGUCUUCCUCUUUGCCUGGCGUUGGUGUGUCUGCCCAAGUGUCCACGUCCUGAGUUCCGAGUGUGAGGUGAAAAUCUCCGAGCCCGUCUUCAGCCGCAACGUGACGGCCCUCCCGAUGGGCAGACGGGCGACUGCCCCCCACGGGGGGCGAUCGUUCAUUGCCACUGUCACGGGAGUUCUUCGUCCUUAGUGGCUCCACGGCGCGGCCAAAUCGUCAGCUGGGUUCCCACACAACGGGCAAACCCACGAAAUGGAUAACGGCGACGACAAUGGCAUGAAGGCAUUCUACAGUCGGAGGAAUAUUCUCAUCACCGGAGUCACAGGCUUCGUUGGAAAGGUGCUCUUGGAGAAAUUGCUAAGAUCCUGUCCAAAUGUGGGCACAAUCUACCUCAUCGUGCGCAGCAAACGCGGACAGCGGGCCGAAGACCGGAUCAACGACAUCCUCAAAAUGCAGGUGUUCCAAAGGCUCCGCCAGGAAAGGCCAGAAUCCUUUCAGAAAAUCGUGGUGCUGGACGGAGACCUGACACUCCCCGACCUGGGGCUCAAACCCCAGGAUCGGGCACUUCUCAUAUCAAAGGUCAACGUGGUCAUCCACUCUGCUGCGACAGUCAAGUUCGACGAACCCAUCAAGAAUGCAGUUCGAAUGAAUCUCAACGGCACAAGGAAGAUCAUUAAUCUGUGCAACGAGAUGGAGGACCUGAAGGUGUUAGUCCAUGUUUCAACGUGCUACUGCAACUGUGACCGAUACGACAUAAAGGAAGAGAUAUACCCACCUAACCACGACCCGGACCACAUAAUAAAAAUGGUUGACUGGCUCGAUAAUGAAACGCUCGAAGCAUGUCAGCCUAAACUGCUGGGACAAAUGCCCAACACUUACACAUUCACAAAGGGCCUGGCUGAAACGUUGGUGCAGAGGGAGAGUCGAGGAUACCCCGUCGCCAUCGUCCGGCCUUCCAUUGUUGUCUGUUCCUGGAAAGAACCUUUUCCUGGCUGGGUCGACAAUUUCAAUGGACCUACAGGCCUUAUUGUUGCUGUUGCUACCGGUGUUCUGAAGAGUGUAUACAGUAUUCCAGAGUACGAAACAGAUUUUGUUCCUGUUGACGUUGUUGUCAACUGCAUCUUGGCUUCGGCGUGGAACGUCGCAAUCACGAGGCCGAAAGAUGUUCAAGUGUACCAAUGCGCAAGCGGAACUAGAGCACCCAGACUCCGCUGGCAAGACCUCAAGGCCAUUCAGAAAUCUCUGAUGAAUGAACUAUCAUUCAAGAGUGCCAUACGCUACCCAGACAUUCAACUACGUAACAACAUGGUCACUCACAGGGCUUCCAUGUUUCUCCAACACUACAUUCCUGCCUGUGUGGGGGACGCUCUACUCAUCUGCAUUGGCAAGAAGCAGUGGUUAGUGAAAACAUAUUACAAGCUGGAGCUCCUGCUGGAAGCCCUGAGUUACUUCACAACUCACGAGUGGAAGUUUGACACUCAACACAUGAUGUCCAUGUACGAUGAGUUGUCACCUGAAGACAAAAAGGAAUUCAACUUCGAUGUGCAAUCCCUGGAAUGGAAACCAUUCUUCCUGAACUAUGCAGUGGGGGCUCGGGACAUUUUAUUGAAGGAGGACCACACCAAGGUCAAGUCCAGGAAUUUCCAAAGGUUGUAUUAUAUCAAGCAGCUGGGCAACGUGCUCUUUGCGUUUGCUGCAUGGAAAAUCCUCAACAUAGGCUCAACCUUGUGGCGACUCUGGGAAGUGGCCCUCGACACCGUUGGACCCACCACAUACAGCGGAUAGAAAGCACCGAUAGAAAGAAAGAAAAAACACAGUCAUCUCAUCACGCAUCAUGUUUAUACAUAUACAUUUUUUUACUCCAGUGUCCCUUAACGAAUUAAAAUUUUAAAAGCAA